CCCCCCUUCCCUCUCUCUGUCUGUCUCUGAUUAUCUCUCUCUCCCUCCCUUGCUCUCUCUCUUUCUCUGAGUCCGUCUCUAUCUCUGUCUCUGUCUGUCUCUCUCUCUCUCUGUCUCUCUCUGUCUCUGUCACUCUCCUCGCUCUCUCUCUCUCUCUCUCUCUCCGUCAGUCUGUCUCUGUCUCUCUCUGUCCCUCCCCAAUUCCAACCCCCUCAGCGAUAAGAUCAGGCUUCUCAAGCUGGGAGGAGCUACUAGUGAUGUAAAUAUAGAAGGGAAAGGUAGGGGGGUGGUAGAGAGAGAAACAGAUAUAAGAGAUUGGAACAGUAAUCACCUCAAAGAGAAUAGCAAAUCUGGACUGCGUAAACACACGCUCUAACUGCUCCCAGCACAAGGACACUCAGCAGGUUCUGAUCUCUGCCGUACCAGUUGAUCAGUCCGUUCUUCAGCAGCACCAGGUUGGGAGCAGGUAGUGAGGAGGAGGGAGAGAAAACUUGUUAAAUAUUUUGAACGCUCUCCCACCAGCCCGCUCCCGUUUCCUCUUUGAUGUCUGACCUCUCUCUCUCGACCUCCACGCCAUCUACUUCCCAUCUGUCGCCGUUUGCUCCUUGCCCGAGGUAGAGGCGAAGAACGUCUGAGAUCGCUCCUGGCUGUCUUGGAGUUAGACCGUUUUUUUUUGCCCCCCGGACUUUGAUUUGACUUGUGCUGUCUAGCCACCGACCACAACUGCUUUUUCCACCCCCUUCAAGCUGCUUUCAGACUUGCUCAGGUUGUGAGUUUUCACUGUUAACCUCCGAGUCUUCGUCCAUCCGUCCCCUUCUCCACAGACUGGACUAACUCCUGGCGGGCAAGAUGACUGAGGGGAGCCGACAGCGAAACCUGCCCCCGGCCAGCAAGGGGUCCAUGGACAAGUUGCCGGGCAGCGGGAAGAAGGAGGAAGGCGGCGUUUCUCUGAAGAAAGAGAUCGGACUGGUCAGUGCCUGUGGGAUCAUUGUUGGGAACAUCAUUGGCUCAGGGAUCUUCGUCUCCCCGAAGGGCGUGAUGGAGAACGCUGGUUCAGUCGGCCUGGCCUUGAUCGUCUGGAUCAUCACGGGCUUCAUCACUGCCAUUGGCGCCCUCUGCUACGCCGAACUGGGAGUCACCAUCCCGAAAUCAGGCGGUGACUACUCCUACGUCAAGGAUAUCUUCGGCGGACUAGCAGGCUUCCUGCGACUCUGGAUCGCCGUGCUGGUCAUCUACCCAACCAACCAGGCCGUCAUCGCACUGACCUUCUCAAACUACGUCCUGUACCCGCUCUUCCCCACCUGCCUGGCCCCCGAACUGGGCCUUCGUCUGCUGGCUGCCAUUUGCCUCUUGCUGCUGACGUGGGUGAACUGUUUCAGUGUUCGGUGGGCGACUCGGGUCCAGGACAUCUUCACAGCUGGCAAGUUACUGGCCCUCGCACUCAUCAUCAUCAUGGGCUUCGUGCAGGUGUGCCGAGGUCACUAUUAUUGGCUGGAGCCCAAGAAUGCCUUCCAGAUGUGGCAGAAGCCCGAGAUCGGUUUGGUGGCCCUGUCGUUCCUGCAGGGUUCAUUCGCUUACGGAGGCUGGAACUUCCUGAACUAUGUGACGGAGGAGCUGGUCGACCCGUACAAGAACCUGCCGCGAGCGAUCUUUAUCUCCGUCCCGCUGGUGACCUUCGUCUACGUGUUUGCCAACAUCGCCUAUGUGACAGCCAUGUCACCGAUGGAACUGCUAGCCAGCAACGCGGUGGCCGUGACCUUUGGGGAGAAGCUGCUCGGGGUCAUGGCCUGGAUCAUGCCAAUCUCGGUGGCUCUUUCCACCUUUGGAGGUGUCAAUGGUUCGCUCUUCACCUCGUCAAGGUCAGUGCGUUUGCCUUUGUGGGAACAGAGGGCUGGUUCCAGGGCCCCUUGUGGGGAUUCUGCGGGAGUUACCGUCACUCCUCAUGGGUUGGUGCUGUUAGGUGGGGGAGGGCAUGAAACUUGGGUGGUGAGAUGUCAGGGAAGAACUGUAGUGCGAGAGUCUGGGGCCAGGGGGCACAGGCUCAGAAUACAAGGAUGUCCCCUUAGAGCAGAGGUGAGGAGGAAUUUCUUUUACCAGAGUGUGGUGAAUCUGUGGAAUUCAUUGCCACCGACGGCUGUGGAGGCCAAGUCAUUUCAUACAUUGAAAGUGGAGAUGGAUAGGGUCUCGAUUGGUAAGGGUCUGAAAUGUUACGGGAACGAGGCAGGAGAAUGGGUUGAGUGGGAAAAUAAAUCACCCAUGAUAGAAUGGUAGAACAGACUCAAUGGG